AAUCUUUAUAUAUUGACAGAUUCAUAUCUGCUGAUGAUUAUGACCUUAAUAUUAAAUUAUUAAUUAAGAACUUGAGAGAUAUAAUAAUGAAGAAAUUAUCUGUAUUAUAUGUGAUUGAGUCUUUCAUAUCUCUCUCUGUCUUCUCUGUUUCUUUCUCUGCUACUUCUUCUCAAUCUUCUACACCUGUCUCUGUGUCUGAUUCUCUCACUUCUGCUAUCUCUGCUCUCACUACUUCUACUCUCUCUGCUUCUGCUGUCUCUGCUUUCAUUAUCGGCUCUCCUCAUUUCAAGAAAAUAUUGUAUAGACUUGAUAAAUUAUAUUUCUCA